UUGGUACGUAGGCGUCAAGAAAUAGCUGAGAUCGAGCAUUUUGAGAAAUGGCGGCGGUGGCAGCGAUCACUCUGAACAGCGGCUACGAAAUACCGGCGGUUGGUCUCGGCGUUUGGCGUAUUGAAGGCAAACAAAUGAAAGACGUUAUCAUCAACGCCAUUAACUUCGGUUAUCGUCACUUUGACUGCGCAGCUGAAUAUGAUAAUGAAACGGAGGUAGGGGAGGCACUCGAGGAGGCUCUUCGUACUGGAAUAGUCAAGAGGGAAGAUCUUUUUGUCACAACUAAGUUGUUGAACUCGGACCAUGGUCAUGUUCUUGAGGCUUGUAAAGCCAGUAUGAGAAAGCUACGUCUUGAUUACCUGGAUCUUUACCUUGUUCACUUCCCUGUUGCCACUAAACAUACAGGAGUUGGUAUAAGCUCAAUCCCGAUGGGGGAGGAUGGAGUUAUGGAUCUAGACACCACUAUAUCGUUGGAGGCUACGUGGCAUGCCAUGGAAAAUCUUGUUUUCAAGGGCUUGGUUCGCAGUAUUGGACUCAGCAACUAUGAUAUUUUCCUUACUCGCGAUUGCUUAGCAUAUUCAAAGGUCAAGCCUGCUGUGAACCAAAUUGAGACAUCCCCCUACUUCCAGCGCAAUUCGCUGAUCAAGUUCUGUCAAAAACACGGAAUCUGCGUUACGGCCCACACGCCUCUCAGUGGUGCUCUGGCUAACACUGAACUGUUUGGUUCAGUGUCGUGCCUUACAGACCCCGUCCUCAAAGGCAUAGCAGAGAAGUAUGAAAGAACAGUUGCUCAGGUUGUGCUGCGUUGGGGAAUCCAGAGAAACACUGUUCUGAUACCAAAGUCGUCAAAUCUUGCAAGACUUCAAGAAAAUAUAAAUGUUUUUGGGUUUGAUCUUAGUGAAGAGGACAUGGAACUGAUCAAGAGCAUAGACAGAAACUCUAGGACCAAUCAAUUGGAGAAAAUCUGGGGCAUAGAUCUGUUUGCAUGAGGCUUACUUGGUAGUGUCCCUCUUAUGAGUCUCAGUUUUGCAAUACCUUAUGAAAAGGAUAAGCCAAUGCACUAAUUAUAAAUAAACCCCAACACCCCCAAUACCAUUUCUUUUGCAUGUAGACUUCAAUGCCAUUUCUUUUUUACAUU